UCCCCCUCCCUUUUUUUCUUUGAGCAUUAAUUUUCACCGUCCCUGGCCAUACAAUGUGACUGGGUGCCUUCCUCCCCCCCCCCCACUUAGUCAUUUUUAAAUAAAGGAAGAACCGUUUGGGGUUUCCUGCAUCCAAAACAUGUCAUGCAUCCAAAGAACUUGGAUUGCAAACUUUUCCUUUUGGGUUCACCUCCUUAGUAUCCAGGCAUUUUGCUAUGCUAGAAAUCCUCCGCCCGGGAGAUUUGUCUUCCCAGACCCGAAGCAAGAUCAAUUUGUUAAAGCGCUGGAAGAUUACCAAGUGGUUAACCCAGAAAGAGUUGAUGGAGAUGGACAUUUUCUCUCCUACCAUUUACAUCUCCAUGGGUCAAACUUCAGGGGGAAAAGAGAUUCCAAGAAAAAGGACAGUAAAGCAUAUUAUAAAAUUAGGCACAAAAACAAGGAUCUCUUCUUUGACUUAACUCUUCACCGAGAAUUACUGUCCAAUAAUUAUGUUCUGGAAAAGCGCUACGGCAACUACUUUGGUGCUAAGAUCACUCCAAGCGUAGUGUCAUGUCACCUUCUUGGGACGGUCAUGGAUUCUGAUUCCAGGAACGGAACAGCGGCGAUCAGUACUUGCAAUGGGCUAACUGGUUACUUCCACUUGCCUGAUGGAGACUACUUCAUUGAACCAGUGAAGAAAUAUGAAUCAAGAGAAGGGGCACAUCCACAUCUAAUCUACAAGACAAAUGUCGUCCAGAAGACUCUGCGAAAACAGCAGGACUCCUGGACAGAUAAACAAUGGAAUUGCGGGAUGAAUGAAACAUCAACCUUUUUCAAACAGCAAGAACUUCGAAGGAUGAAGUGGGAAAGGAACCGUGUGAUACCAAGAACAACCUACCGGCGUUCUGUCAGUAAAGAAAGAUGGGUGGAGACUUUGGUGGUUGCUGAUAGUAAAAUGAUUGAAUACCAUGGAAGCGAAAAUGUGGAAUCCUAUAUCCUCACUAUCAUAAAUAUGGUGACAGGAUUAUUCCAUGAUCCAAGCAUUGGCAAUGCGAUCCAUAUUGUGCUCGUUCGGCUUAUUCUUCUUGAAGAAGAGGAGCAAGGACUGAAAAUCACCCACCAUGCAGAUAAGACUUUAGCCAGCUUUUGUAAAUGGCAGAAGAGUAUCAACCCGAAAUUGGAUACAAACCCACUUCACCAUGAUGUAGCUGUACUUCUUACCAGAAAAGAUAUUUGUGCUGGCAUGAAUCAACCGUGUGAAACCUUAGGCUUGUCCCAUCUCUCGGGAAUGUGUCAACCACAUCGGAGCUGUAACAUCAAUGAAGAUUCUGGCCUACCUUUGGCCUUCACGAUUGCCCACGAACUUGGACACAGUUUCGGCAUCCAGCACGAUGGAAAAGAAAAUGACUGUGAACCAGUGGGAAGAAGGCCUUACAUUAUGUCUCGGCAGCUCCAGUAUGACCCCACACCACUCACCUGGUCACGAUGCAGCAAGGAAUACAUCACCCGUUUCUUAGACCAUGGAUGGGGCUUUUGCCUGGAUGAUGUUCCCAAGAAGAAAGAUCUAAAGCCACCAUUCAUUGCACCUGGAGUCAUUUAUGAUGUUCAUCACCAGUGUCAGUUACAGUAUGGACCCAAUGCAACAUUUUGCGAUCAAGUAGACAAUAUUUGCCAGACCUUGUGGUGCUUUGUGAAGGGUUCCUGCCGUUCCAAACUGGAUGCCGCAGCAGAUGGGACAAGAUGUGGGGAGAAUAAGUGGUGCUUCUCAGGUGAAUGUAUAACGGUGGGCAAAAGCCCUGAAGCAAUUAAUGGCGCUUGGGGAUCCUGGUCACCUUGGUCACACUGUACUCGGACAUGUGGAGCUGGCAUUCAGGCAGCUGAAAGACACUGCAAUAACCCAGAACCACAGUUUGGAGGGAAGUAUUGCACCGGGGAGAGAAAGCACUAUCGUAUGUGCAAUGUUAAAAGGUGCCAAAAGUCGACACCAAAUUUCCGUCAAAUGCAGUGCAGUGAGUUUGAUACAGUUGCCUACAAAAAUGAAUUCUACCAGUGGAUUCCAGUUUAUAAUACAGCUAGUCCCUGUGAGCUGCAAUGCCUCCCUACAAACCACCAUUUUUCGGAGAAGAUGUUAGAUGCUGUAAUUGAUGGCACACCUUGCUUUGAAGGAAACAGCUACAGAGACGUCUGCAUUAAUGGCAUGUGUAAGACUGUUGGCUGUGAUUAUGAAAUCAAUUCCAAUGCCACUGAAGAUCAGUGUGGAGUUUGUUUAGGAGAUGGAUCUUCUUGCCAAACAGUGAAGAUAACAUUCAACCAGAGUGAAGGAUUAGGUUACGUUGACAUUGGCCUGAUUCCCAAAGGCGCAAGACACAUCAAAGUGGUCGAAGUGUCAGAAGCAGGCAAUUUCCUUGCGCUUCGCAGCGAAGACCCUCAGAAGUAUUAUCUCAACGGAGGAUUUAUUAUUCAGUGGAAUGGAGAUUACGAAGUGGCGGGAACAAUAUUUCAGUAUGGAAGAAAAGGAGAUUUGGAAAACCUCACUGCUUCCGGACCCACAAAUGAAUCCUUGUGGCUGCAGCUCCUUUUUCAGGAAAACAACCCUGGAAUUAAAUAUGAAUACACUGUCCGCAAAAGCUCAAGCUUGGAAAAUGAAGUGGAGGAGCCUGAAUACUUAUGGAAAUAUGGAAAGUGGACAAGUUGCAGUGUAACUUGUGGCAGUGGGUUUCAGCGACAGAUUGCCCAUUGUGUGAAAAAGGGGAAGAGUAUGGUGAAAAACCUGUUUUGUGACCCAGAAACACAACCCAAGGCAAAACAGAAAAAAUGCAUUGAAAAAGAUUGUCCACCAAGAUGGUGGACAGGGGAAUGGCAGAAAUGUUCUACCACCUGUGGCCCCACAGGGGAAAAGAAGCGCACGGUCCUUUGUAUCCAGAAACUGGGAUUUGAUGAGCAGGCUCUGCCGGUGGAAGAAUGCCAACAUCUGCUAAAACCAAAGACUCGCCUUUCAUGUAAUAGGGACAUCUUGUGCCCAUCUGACUGGACUGUAAGCAACUGGACUGAGUGUACAGUUACCUGCGGUGGAGGAGUACGUACUCGUUACGUCACUUGUACCAAAAACAAUGGGGAACCGUGUGAUGUUUCGAAGAAACCCCAUUCUAAAGCUCUGUGUGGUUUACAGCAAUGCCUAUCCUCUCAAAGACUGCUGACGACUCGUUUCAAGUUCCAUAAUGGAAAGAUUAUUAGAAGAAUAGGGGCUAUUCCCAGAAGAAGCCCUUCAAAAAAAUUGGCCACCCCACAACCAUUACCAAGAAUCCCUUCAACAAUAAUACCCAGGCUCAGACACAUUACUUUGAUACCUACUUCUGUAAGUCUUGUAAAUUCUUCUCCAAAUGAAGACUUGGAAGUAAAAAAGUUGCAAAACAAUUCCAUUGACUCUAGCACACCCAGUAACUACUCCUGUGUAACUAGUGCCAACAGGGCAUUGCAAAACAUCACUAAUGGACCUCUCCUAACUGCUUGGAACAUGUCUUCAGAAGAUAGCUCCGUAAACAAGGAUUCCUUUACCAUUGACCCCAUGUACAAUCCAAAGACUAAUUAUUUAAUGGAAGCAAAUGACACAACACCCAACAGUACCGAGGGAGAAAUAAAAGACUACAUUCAGACUGAAAGACCAACGGAGAGUUUCCUUACAUUCACUACAAGCGAGGUCUCACAAACCUCAUCUACAGAUGAUCAGUCUAAUGAUCUAAACCAAUUUUCUGUUACUCCCACAAGAGGAACUGAAGUUUCAGUGACAACGACAGGUCUCAAAGGCCUUCCUGUACAAAUAAAUUUGCCUGUGACAUCAGAUCCCAUUACAGAACAACCGACGCUAGAGAAUACAUUAGAAGAAAAAUCUGCAAAUGCAACCCCAUCAAAGGCCUCUUUCACUGAAACAUCCCCUUGGGCCACGGAAAGUCCGUUUGUGCGAGACACCACGAUGCCAAAGAACAGUGAGAAUGUUUUCAAAACAAGAUUACUAAAUGACUCUGAUUCAGAAAAAUCCAGAAACCUGCAUAUUAACGCUUAUUGGUUGGUGGGAAACUGGACUGAGUGUUCUACCACAUGUGGUGUUGGGGCCUUUUGGAGAUCAGUAGAAUGCAACACCAAGAAUGAAUCUGAUUGCCAGCACAUAAAAAAACCCGAUCCAGCCAGAAGAUGCCACCUUCGGCCAUGUGCUCAGUGGAGAAUAGGAAAUUGGAGCAAGUGCUCCUCCAGCUGUGGAGGAGGUUUCAAGACCCGCGAUGCACAUUGCAUUGAUGCACGAGAAAAGCGACUCCUGAGGCCAUUCCACUGCCAGGCCGUGCAAAGCCAGCCAGUAUUGAACAUGAGCUGUAACAUGGAUCCAUGCUUCAUGUGGCACACAAAGUCCUGGAAUGAGUGCUCAGCUUCAUGUGGAGGGGGUACUCAGAAAAGAGCAGUGCAGUGUAUCAGGGUGGACGACCCUGCAACCAAGGAGGAGAACGGGUGCGAGCAGGAGACCAAGCCUCCAGAUUCUCAGAAAUGCAACCUACAAAAGUGUCUGAAAAAUACCGGCUCAUCCUGCAGCAAGGACAGACUAUCCGUGAACUUCUGCCAGAGGGUGCGAGAUAUUGGCAAAUGUUCUGCACCCUCAGUGAGAAUUCAGUGCUGUCAAACGUGCAAAAGAUCCUUGGCUGUCAACGCAGUGGACCGUGAGAAUUAACCAAAUCUGAAUCGUUACCCAAAUAAAAACUGAACUUGCUAAGAUGGACUUCGGAAAUAAAGAAAAUUUCCAGCAUGCUCUAUGGACCUAUAAUUUAAACCUUCCCAGAGACACGACAGCCUUUUCAAACAUUGGACUCAUUAUUUUUGAACGUCCUGUAUAUUAUCCUUAUUUUUUUCUGUACCUGUUGGCAGGUCCUUUAAUUUCAUUUUCCUUCUCUGGGUCAUUCCCGGCUCGAUCUUUCUGGCUCAGUUUAAAUAAGGUUUUCUUGCUUUAAUGAAUCAGUUUUUAUGCUGAUUCGGCAAGAAAGCUCUAUUGGAGAUAGAAAAAGAUUUUGAUAUAUCCAGGUUCGGAUUUUAUUCUGUAUUAAAACAGUCAUCUAAGACAGAGGCUCAUUAAUGUACAAGUUAUCAUUGUCAUCCAUUGACUUAAACAUGGUCAUUUUUGAAGCUACAGAUGUAGAACCCUUAGGCUCUCCAGAUAUUUUUUGAAUUUGGCCAGUAUAGCAGGGGUGUCAAACUCGAGUUCAUUGAGAGCUGCAUCAGGGUUGUGUUUGACCUCUGGGGUGGGAGUGGCGUGGCCAGGGAGGGUGUGUCCACUCAACAUCACUUGCGUUGGGAGCAAGGGACAAUGUUUCUUGACACUGCCAUUGAAAAUGGGCUCCUGACCUCUAUUUUAAGCUGCAACGGCUUCCUGUAACCCUCUGCCAACAAAAACAGAGUUUGGAAGGGCAGCCCGUUUUCGCUGUCAGGGGUACCACAGGCCAGUUCUUCACUGUUUCUAGGGUGGCCCUGUGGGCCAGAUCUAAGCACCCCAUGAGCUGGAUCCAGCCCCCGGGCCUUGAGUUUGACACCCCCGGCUUAUCCUAAAAAAAAAAAAAUGAUGGAAGGUUUUCAGACAACACUUUCCCUUCCUAGGAUUCUUCUUCUGAACUUCUAUAUUGUGAAGAAUUGUAAAAAGUUGCUGUGUUUGUGUAUAACAGAUUUAUACCUCUAACUGAAUUAAUCAAUUUUGUUUUUCAAUAUGGUGCUAUUAUACCAUGGUGCUAAAACCAAUAUGGCAUCUAAAACAUUCUUUUUACAGCUGGGUUCAAAGAAGAGACUAAGCCAACGCCAAGUAAAUAAUAUCCAUUGCAAUGGAUGAAUUCAACCAUCACCGUUUAUAGUCCUGGAGUCUUAGCAUGUCAGCCUAGCUAAUUGUGAUAUAAUGAAAAAAAAAAGGUUAAAUAAAUUAUAGCUUAAGGUAGUAGGUGAAACCAGUGUUGCAAACAUGUACACAUUUAUUGUAUAAAUGAAUGGAUGAUGUAAUCUUGAAAUUAUGUUUUAUCAGGGUGUUGCUGUGCAAUGCUGGCUGUAUUGUUUUUUCAAAAUAUUACUUGAUAUAUUUUGUUAAAAAGGCUUUAAUUUGUAAACUACGGAAAGCCGUACAGCCCCUUGCGAUGCUUCAAGUGUGUCUGCUUCUUUGAUGCUGCCAAGGGUUUAAUUGAAUUUCUACAUGAAAAGUGAAUGGCAUUGGUUCGAUGCACAUGAACAAGUGCUUUGAAGGUCAAUAGGUAAAGUCUUUCUGUUCACAGAAAAUGAGCUGCAUCUAGCUAGCCAAAGAUGAGAGCAAUGGGCUUGUCUUCAUCAGAGACGCUUGGUUGCCCAAAGCUAUCAAACAUAGAGGCCUGAAGAUGCACUUGAAAAUGGUCGUAAUCAAAUUCAUAGCAUUAUAGAGUUGGAAGGAAUCGUCUUCCAAUUCAGAUCCCUGCGAUAUUGAAACUAACUGUCCAGUCUUUUCUUAAAAUAGGCAGAUAAAUUGUUCCACCGUUGUACAUUUUCGCUAGACAGGUAGUCCUCGACUUAGCAACGGUUUGUUCAGUGACCGUUUAAAUUUACAACGGUGUUGAAAAAUGUGACUUAUCGGCCGUUUUUCACAGUUACGACUUUUUCAGCAACCCCAU